UCUCUUUCUUCAAUUGACAUAGGACGUAUAGUUGGUGGUGAAAAUACGAACAUUACAGAGGCACCUUAUCAAGUUAGUGUUCAAAUACUAGGGUCCCAUUAUUGUGGUGGUAGCAUAAUCAGUAAGGAAUGGAUUCUCACGGCUGGACACUGUGCUGGGAAACCCUUAUUCUUUUACACAGUUCGUAUUGGAUCGGACAAAUCUGAUUCAGAUGGUAGCAUCUAUUCUGUAUCAAGAAUAUACCAACACGAAGAUUUCAAAUCUAAUUCUCUCGGUGUACCAAUACACGACAUUGCCCUUAUACGUUUAUCCAAGCCCAUUGAAGAAAAUGAAAAACAGAGGCCUGUGACAUUAUUUUCUAAGGAUGAAAAUGUCGAACCAGGAAGCUUAGCAAUAAUCACAGGUUGGGGUAGAACACAAUAUGGUACUCCAGAAAUCCUGCAAACAGUGUCAGUUCCUAUCAUAGAUAAAGUCGAUUGUCAUAAAGCAUAUAGAAAAUUAUUCGGUGGUAUAAUGAUAAAUCAAAUCUGUGCGGCUUAUCCGGAAGGUGGUAAAGAUGCUUGCCAAGGUGACUCUGGUGGACCAUUGACCAUAGGUGGUCGUCAAGCUGGUAUAGUUUCUUGGGGUAAUGGUUGUGCUUUAAAAGAAUAUCCCGGUGUCUACACCGAAGUUUCAAAAUAUCACGACUGGAUCUUUAAGAUAACCAAUCUUGAAUUAUAG